UAGAACUUGGAACUUGGAAUGGGAGCCCUAGUAGGGGAUUAGGGUUUCUGGUCCUUUAAAAAGGUGACCUCGCACAUUUCCUCAGUCUCUUGCCCUUGUAAGAGAGAAACGGAGGUUCAGCGGCAGGGCAACAGUAGUGACCAUGGUGAAGUAUUCGAGGGAGCCUGAAAAUCCCACAAAGUCCUGCAAGGCCAGGGGCUCGGAUCUGAGGGUUCACUUUAAGGGGCUCGUCGUUGCCUUGAACACAAGGGAGACAGCCCAUGCUGUUAGGAAGUUGCCUUUGAUCAAGGCGAAAAGAUACUUGGAGGAUGUUCUGGCCCAUAAACAAGCUAUUCCAUUUCGGAGAUUCUGUCGUGGUGUGGGUCGAACAGCUCAGGCCAAGAACCGUCAUUCAAAUGGGCAAGGACGCUGGCCUGUGAAAUCGGCCAAGUUCAUCUUGGAUUUGCUCAAGAAUGCUGAGAGCAAUGCUGAUGUGAAAGGUUUGGAUGUGGAUUCGCUCUACAUAUCCCACAUCCAAGUGAACCAAGCACAAAAGCAGAGGCGGCGCACAUAUCGUGCUCAUGGGAGAAUCAACCCUUAUAUGUCAUCUCCGUGUCACAUUGAGUUGACCUUGUCUGAGAAAGAGGAGCCAGUGCAGAAGGAGCCCGAAACGCAACUGGCCCCUAGGAAAUCUAAGACGGCUUUGAGAAGUGGUGCAUCUUCUUGAAUGAUGUAGUUGAGAUGAUGAGCAAGUUUUGUCUUCUGUGAUUCUUACUGUUCUUUCCAUUAAAAACAUUUUUGUUGCAUUUGACUGUCUGGUGUCUAGUUGUUUCUUGCUAUGUCAUUCAUAGAUUCCAGGACCUCCCAUCUUUACUGCUGGUUUAUAUUUUAAGUUUAUUAUUGUUAUAGGUAGAAUUUAGAUAAUUCGUAUGAAGAGCUUAAGACAUUUUA